UUUAUGAAGCAAACUGUACAGUCAUGUAUUAUUUUUUUUUUAGCUGAAAGUGUGUAGGAAAAUUUAACCUGGUGAAUGCGUUUAAGUGUUAGUUUGAGAGCUACAAUAAAUUUAGUGUCUACAAUGGAAAAAAAUUGUAUUUUUUGUAAAAUUAUACGAAAAGAAGCACCUGGUGAAAGUGUUUUUGAAGAUGACGAUUUAAUUUGUAUAAAGGACAUUAAACCAGCAUCGACUCAUCAUUAUCUAAUAAUUCCAAAAAGGCAUAUUCCGACACCAAAAGAUUUAAAAAAAGAGGACGAAGAACUUUAUGAUAAAAUGGUUGCAACAGUGGAUAUAAUUGCGAGGCAACAAAAUUUCGAAAAUUCAUCUAUUAGAACAGGAUUUCAUUGGCCGCCUUUUAACACUGUAAAUCAUUUACAUCUUCAUGUGAUUUCACCAGUUGAAUCAAUGAGUUUUCUUCAUAGAUCAAUGUUCAAACCAGAUUCAUUUUGGUUUGUUAGUACCGACUACGUGAAAUCACGCUUUGCAAGCAGCAAUUUAUAGAAAAUUUCUCCUAAAUUUAAGAAAGAUUAAUUUAAAAAAAAAAAAAAAUUGAAAUAUUUGUUGAUAAAUAUUUAAAUAUCUCAAACUUCCUUUUAAUAUCGAUAUAAAAAAAAUCUAUAUUAUAUUGUGAUAUAAAUGUAAUUAUUAUAUUUUAAGGUAAAUGGUUAUUGUAUAAUUAGUUAAAACCAAUUUUUGUUUAUAAUAAUUUGUUAUAAUUUGUUUAUGGUGUUAUAUAUAUAUUUUAUAAAAGUUUUCCAGCUAUUUA